GAAGGGGCUGCCCCCACCCUUGUUUCCCCCCCUCCCUGGAUGGUACAGUCCGGACCCCGGCACCUCAAUGGCGGGGGGGUGCCGGAGCCAUUUUGUUCCCCCCCCAUUAGUGUGGGCCGCUCGCUCCCCUCGCCCCGUGCUUAGAUCAGCUCCCCUACCCUCGGCUGCUGGGCCGUCCCUUCUCCUCCGCCCGUCCUGCGCGGCCUCUCGCCGCCAAACCCUGUGUCUCCCCCCACCUCGCCCCAGGGCCGGAGUGGUUGGGGCUGACUGACCGUUGGGCGCGCGAUCGGGGGGCACAGAUGGCGCCUCGCGCUGCGCCGAGGCCCUGGGGGGGGCUGCGGUGGUUUCUCACAGCGGGGAGCGGUAGCGGGGAGGGUGAGGAGGCACCUGCGCCUCCUGAUUGGCCGCCUGCCUCGCGCCCCUGCCUCUCAUUGGCCUAGUUAGGGGAGGGGGGCGUCGCACCCCCUCCCCGGAUUGGUUGCUGUUGAUGGCGGCGGUGGGCGCGAAGCUAUAUAAGGGGGAGAGGGUGGGAAAGGGCCUGAGGGAAGUUAAGGUUGCUUGCCCUUUGGGAUCCUGAUUUAUGCACCAAUGUCGGCUCCAGUAGGGAAAAUCUCCAAGCCUGGGUGGCUCUGGGGCACGUUGAGGUGGCAGGAAGGGCCUUGUGUGGAUGGGUUCAUCCGAGGGCAGAGCAGGACCAGGGCGGUGUGUUCAGGCCUUUUGCAGGCCUGUCCUGUGUGAGGGGUUUCCAUCUAUCGAGGGCCUGAAGGAAAAGGCAAGGCACAUGUGUGGGCAGAAGUAGGUCUGCUAGUGCCAGUGGUGGUGGUUGCCUGUGCCAAAAAUACCUGUUGUUGUGGUCUGAGAUAUGGUUAUAGCAUGUGGCUGUUUGAUCUUGUGGGCUUGUUGCUACCCAGGUUUUGGUGUUGAAUUGCUAGGUCACCUCUCCUGUACCACUGUUGCAUUAAAAAUUGCUUAAUGGGAGCUUGUUAAAUCAGUGUAAUGGAAACAGGAGGCCCUGGUGCUUUCUUUUUCAGAAGUAUUAAUCCUAAACUAUUAACCCCAUUUAUAGGGUUAGUUUCCAUGUACGAGACAUUUCAAGCUGUGCACGGUCACCUCUUACCUCUCAACUGCUCAUUGCAGAUUCUCAGAAGGGGUUUUGUAGGGAUCUGUAGACCAGAGUUAAAGACCUGGUUUAGGCUGCUGAGCUUCAUAAAUGAAACAAAUGGUCAGUAUUUGCAAUGUGCUUUUUUUUGCAUCGGUGAACCAACCUGUUUAGUGUAUUACUCGUGUAUUUGUGGUUCUUACAGGCUUUUAAAGAAUGAAUGAGCACAAAGCUGGUUGUAAGAUGCAAGUCAAUGUUUCUCUUUGAGUUUCAGUGGGAAUAGAGACUAUUCUGAACUUUAGUGUUUCUUCUGUUAUUUUAUCAAUGAUUGAAUUUUAUUUUCUUUCUAUUGGUUAACUUCCAAGAUGAGAUGCUAAUGAAUCAUCAACUGAUUUUAUAAGAGGGUUCUUGGCAUCUUUUGUGGAAGCAAAGUAAUUGUCAGUCUCAAGCCUAGUAAUGCUUUAAUUUCUAGGGGAAAAAAAAAGUAGAGGGUCUAUUUCUUGAGUCAAUCCUUAAAUCCUAGAUUGUGAUGCUUUUUGGCACUUUGCUGUAUGCUUCUCCUGUGUGUUAAGUGUUUAAAGCAAAGGCAGCUUUAUUACCUUGUUUCUAGGAUGAGAUAUUGAUGUAAUUAUUAUCUGAUGGAAUAAUUGUUUGUUUUUAGAGAGAAGUGGGUACGUAGUGUUGCUUGCUCUCCUCUGGCACCCUCGCUACUGACCUGCAUGGGAAAUCCUGGGUGAGCUCUCUGAGAUUACCUGAUAGUUAGCAUUCAGCCAAAAUGCACCGGAGCCAGAGUUCCUUGAAACAAUCUGUGCUGUUGAUGGAUGGGAGCGCAGAGGAGGAGCCGGCAGUGGUGACUCAGUCCUCAACGAGGUAUGAAUCCAAAUGCCCAGUUUCAUCUGUUAGAGACCUCUCUGAACCCUUGGGUCCCCUUUCCACUGAAGUUCUAAGUUAUUUGUGCCAAAAUGAGUCUGCAGGAGUGAGUCAGCAUCUUCCUUCAGACCCUCAAUAUCUGCUGGUGGGGAAGCCAUGUUACUGAAGAUCACCUUGUCUUCUGGAAGCAGAAACACAGUGAACAGAUGAAUCUCUUCAGCCAGACAUUCCUCCAGUAGAUCUCUCUCAUCAUGGAGCACCACAGCAGGGAGGAGAUGGACACGAAAGAGGAAAGUCCUCAGGUGUGGGCUGACUCUGAGCAGGAACAGAAUGCUGCUCAGGUGCACUUUGUCCCCGAGGGGGGCACGGUGGCACAGAUCGUGUACAGCGAUGAGCAGGACCGGCCCUCGCAGCAGGUGGUUUACACGGCAGACGGCACCUCCUACACCUCCGUGGACACCUCGGAGCACACUCUCGUUUACAUCCAUCCCGUGGAAGCUACGCAGACUCUGUUUACAGAUCCGUCCCAAGUGGCGUACGUCCAACAGGAUGCUACCACCCAGCAGGUAACUGUGCUCUUGCCUGCUGCUGCUCAGAGCAUGAACCCCACCAUGAAUCCCACCAACCUGUCCGUGCUCGGCAGCGUUGCCGAAUCCCCCCAGCAAAUGGCUCUGGAGCAGGGUCCACAAGCAGAUAGAGCAUCAUUACAGGUGCACAACCAGGUGUUACCUCCUAUGGAGGCAGUGGAUGGUUCUGACCCUUUAGCACCUCUGCAGAAUCAAAUGGAAGGGAUGGAAACAAAAGAGGAAGAUGAUGAGGAUGAAGAUGAGGAUGAAGAAGGGGAAGACACUGACAUGGAUGAAUGGGACCCAGAUCCACCUCGACCCUUUGAUCCCAAUGAUUUGUGGUGUGAAGAGUGUAAUAACGCGCAUCCCUCGGUGUGUCCCAAACAUGGACCUUUGCAUCCGAUCCCCAACCGGCCGGUGCUGACCAGGGCAAGAGCCAGCCUGCCCUUGGUGCUCUACAUAGACAGGUUUUUGGGAGGGGUGUUCUCCAAAAGGCGGAUCCCAAAACGCACACAGUUUGGACCCGUGGAGGGACCCCUGGUUAGACAAACGGAACUCAAAGACUGCUACAUCCAUUUGAAGGUUUCCCUUGAUAAGGGUGACAGAAAAGACAGAGACUUGCAAGAAGACCUGUGGUUUGAACUUUCUAGCGAGGCUCUUUGUAACUGGAUGAUGUUUGUGCGUCCAGCUCAAAACCAUUUGGAGCAGAACCUGGUAGCAUAUCAGUAUGGCCACCAUAUUUAUUACACGACCAUUAAAAAUGUGGAGCCCAAGCAGGAACUCAAGGUGUGGUACGCUGCCUCCUAUGCGGAGUUUGUGAACCAGAAGAUCCAUGACAUAUCUGAGGAGGAAAGGAAGGUUCUCCGAGAGCAAGAGAAGAACUGGCCAUGUUACGAGUGCAACCGUCGUUUCAUGAGCUCGGAGCAACUCCAGCAGCACCUCAACUCCCAUGAUGAGAAGCUGGACUUCUUCAGCAGAGCAAGAGGCCGAGGUCGUGGGCGAGGAAAGAGGAGGUUUGGACCAGGGAGGCGCCCGGGGCGCCCUCCCAAAUUCAUGCGUAUGGAAGUAACCAGUGAAAAUGGGGAAAAGUGUGAAGAAGGGACACAGGACUUGCUGCAUUUUUCCAGCAAGGGGCAGUUUGAUGAGGCCGGACAAGCUGCGCUGAAUGGGUUGGAGCAGCAGGAACAGACUCCGGUGCCACCAGAGACGCAGCCGGCACUGGAGCAGCAGUCGGAAAACCACCCGCUCCAAAUCCAGCCGCAGCACGACGAGAGCGCGGUGCCUACGCAGAGCACCAUGACGGCAGAUGACAUGAGGCGAGCAAAGCGUAUCAGGAACGCAGCUCUUCAGCACCUGUUCAUCCGGAAAUCCUUCCGUCCGUUCAAAUGCCUCCAGUGCGGGAAAGCUUUCCGUGAAAAGGACAAACUGGAUCAGCAUUUGCGCUUUCACGGGCGGGAAGGAAACUGCCCUUUGACUUGUGACAUCUGCAACAAGGGCUUCAUCAACAGCGGGGCUCUCGAGAGCCACAUGAAGUUCCACAUGGACCAGAAAACGUACUCUUGCAUCUUCUGUCCCGAGUCCUUUGACCGCUUGGAUCUGCUUAAAGAUCACGUGGCCGUCCAUGUCAACGAUGGCUAUUUCACCUGCCCUACCUGCAAGAAACGCUUUCCUGAUUUUAUCCAGGUCAAGAAACACGUACGCAGUUUCCAUUCAGAAAAGAUUUACCAGUGCACAGAAUGCGACAAGGCUUUCUGCCGCCCCGACAAGCUGCGGCUCCAUAUGUUGCGACACUCAGACCGCAAAGACUUCUUGUGCUCCACGUGUGGCAAGCAGUUCAAGAGGAAAGACAAACUGCGAGAGCACAUGCAGAGGAUGCACAACCCAGAGAGGGAGGCCAAGAAAGCUGAUCGAAUCAGCCGCUCCAAAACGUUCAAGCCUCGGAUAGCUUCCACUGACUACGAGAGCUUCAUGUUCAAAUGCCGACUCUGCAUGAUGGGUUUCCGCCGGAGGGGGAUGUUGGUGAAUCAUUUGUCAAAGAGACAUCCAGACAUGAAAAUAGAAGAGGUGCCAGAGCUCACGUUGCCCAUCAUCAAACCCAACAGAGAUUACUUCUGUCAGUACUGUGAUAAGGUGUACAAGAGUGCCAGUAAACGCAAAGCACACAUCCUGAAAAACCAUCCCGGUGCUGAGCUACCUCCGAGCAUCCGGAAACUGCGUCCUGCAGGCCCGGGAGAGCCGGACCCCAUGCUGAGCACCCACACCCAGCUGACGGGUACCAUCGCCACCCCUCCGGUCUGCUGUCCUCACUGUUCCAAGCAGUACAGCAGCAAGACAAAGAUGGUACAGCACAUUCGCAAGAAGCACCCAGAGUUUGCUCAGCUCCCUAACACGAUACAUGCCCCGCUGACAACAGCUGUCAUCAGUUCCACUCCUGCUGUUCUAACCACUGACAGCACCACCGGAGAAACCGUUGUGACAACAGAUUUACUGACACAAGCCAUGACGGAGAUAUCCCAGACCCUCACAACAGACUAUCGGACUCCCCAGGGGGAUUAUCAACGAAUCCAGUACAUCCCAGUGUCGCAGUCCACAACCGGCUUGCAGCAGCCUCAGCACAUACAGCUGCAGGUUGUUCAAGUGGCCCAGGCUACCUCACCUCACCAGUCCCAGCACUCCACCGUGGAUGUUGGGCAGCUUCACGAUCCCCAGACGUACACCCAACAUGCCAUCCAGGUGCAGCACAUCCAGGUCACAGAGCCAUCGCCAGCAGCUCAGUCAUCAUCACAGGUUGGGGCUCAGCCUUUGAGUCCCUCCUCACAACAAUCUCAGCAGGAGCUCAGCCCCUCGCAGAUGCAGACAACUCCGUCUACGCCGACCCAAGCCCUCCAGCAGCAGCAAAGCUCUUCAGUCCAGCACACGUAUCUCCCCAGCACGUGGAACUCAUUUCGGAGCUAUUCAUCUGAAAUUCAGAUGAUGACCAUUCCCCAAGGCCAGUAUGUGAUCACAGAGACUGCUGUGGGUACACCGGUCACCACCGUCAACACAGGGCAAGUAAAAGCAGUUACUCAGACUCACUAUGUGAUAUCUGAAGGUCAGCCCGAUCUGGAGGCAAAACAAAACUCUUCGCUCUCCAGCGAGGUCCCGGUCGGCGUUUCGCAGCCACCAGCCCACGCGGAGCCCCUGGAAUCGCAGCCGAGCGGCCAGCAGCAAACCGCCCAGUACAUCAUCACCACGACCACCAACGGCAGCGGCGGCAGCGAGGUCCACAUCGCCAAACCCAGAACUUUCUCAGCAGAACACGAGUGAAGAAGCCUCGUGGUGUCACUUGUCACCUCCCCCAAAAAGCCCAGGUACACGGGCAUCCUGGAGCUCUAUAUAUUUUGAAGUAUAUGCUCACUUAAUGCCAACUAAAGUCUCGGAGCUCUAGUUAAUGCUUUAAGAGGGUUUAAGUCCCCUGUGACCAUGAAGAAGUACCCUCCAAAUCAUUCUGGGAUGCUAUUUUAUACAGCUUUUAACAAAAAGAACGAGAAGCAAAAGCUCUGCUUGCUCUGGACUUUAUUUUUGGCAUGUCUGCUGACCCUUAUUUUUCCGUUUUGGAAGUGUCUCCAGUAAACAACCUUUAAUUUCAAUUGUAUGGGGAAAAGCUUGCCUGACUGAAGGCUAACUGGCUGAUUACGUUGUAUGUAUAUUUUUAGUAGGAGCUGUUAAAGAGGAGGACGUGGUGUAAAUUGCCAAAACGUGGCAGAAUUCAUUCCUCUGUCCUUGUUUGAGCAGCCAGGGUGAAAGGGAGUAAACCAACUCAAUGUGAGCAGACCACCUGGAGAAAAAGAGCAGCAGCAGCAAAGCGGUGGCUCCUCGUGCGCGGGGAUGGAUAGAACGAUGAAGCUGUGAAGAUGCGCUGAAGCAGUCCAUUAAAUUAUUACUAUUUUUCCGAUCCUAGAGAACUGUUUACAUGCUGUCUGCCCUGCCCUGUUUUACCAAGCAGUUCCAGAGAGAAAAAAAGGUGCAGUCUUAAACCCGUAUUUGGAACAAACUGAUUGAAAUAGUAGCACAGAAUGGUAGUACGGAGUCACUGUUAUCUCCUUUCCCCUCCAGUAUUUGCAGGGAAAAUCGCACUUUUGCCUGUAAAUUAAAGUCUCAGCUUAGUCUGCGUAGCAGCUUCUGCUGAGACCUAAAGAUAAUCUUGCCUGGAGAAAACGAGGGUGCAGGUGCACAGCUCUGAAGAGACAGGGUAGUUGUCUCUGUUCUCACCUCCAAGUGGAUAUAUUUUUUUCCCCUUGAAGACUGGAUGGAGAAUUAAUAACUCUGAUUUUCCAAAUACCUUGUUAACGAUGCACUGUAAUUCCUUUGGACAGUUCUGUGAAGUGACUGGCCCUGGACUCAGGACGCACAAGGAACAUUUUCGUGGACCACUAUUGACGGGACGCAGAAAGCCACGGCAGGGUUGUCUCCUUUGCUAGACCUGGUCUAUGUACAGAAUUCAUGUCACUUUUAGGGACCAGGAGAAAGGGAAAGAGAAGGUUUUACCUUUUAAGGCAGCGUAUUUUAUUUUUCUUGUGUAUUUCUCCUUCACAGAUCUUGUCGGUUGGUUAUUUAAUGCAUUCUGGUAUUUGCAAGAAUAUGACUACGACUCCACGGAUAUACUGUGUAUGUCUAAACCUUAAACCUCCUUUCACUCCGCUUGAAAACUCAUUCUGGAAUGUCUGUGCCUAGCAGGACACCUUUAUUUAUAAAAGGAAAAGCAAAGAAGGAUGUUUUCUCUUAAUGGCCCUAGAGAUUGAAGAACUGAGGGAGGCUUGUUUUGGUUUUAAAUUUGUUUUCUCCUGUGCUGCACUGAGUGUGAAUCCAGGAUCCUUUUUCCUAAGUACUCACACAGAUUGAGAUGAGAACAACCCAUGUGAGUAAGCCCUAUGGAUGUUUACACGUCGUAGUAUCGGGCCUUGCGGAGUUAAAGCUUUUAGACAUGAAUUUCGAAUUCAGAGUGGACAGGAGGACGUUGAGCUCCAUGUAGGCAAAGCCUCGUAGCAGGUAUUGCUUUGGUAAUUAACGUAUGUGUUAAUAUGGCGUGGAAAUAGCGACUGCAUGUGAUGAGAUCAAAAUAUAGAUAAAUUUGUUCCUGGGAUUUUGCUUCUCUUGCUGUACCACUGUACUGGGGCGCUAAUGAGACUGGCAAAGUUAAUGAGGACCAUUAAAACAGGAGCCCAUCCCACUAAUUGACGUGAAGUCGUGUUGCUGAGGGCUUCUGAAUUGUGACGUUGGGUGAUGCGAUGUUGUUCGUGUGAGAGAGGUUUUGUCCUGGCUUUGUUUUCAGGCUGCUAAAUUACUUAAUAACAAGUAAAAAAUGGUCAAUAGGAAAAUAGAAGUCUUGGAAAUAGGGAUAUUCCAGGUGGAUCCUGCCUCACGGGAGCAAUUUUGAAGUCUUAAAAGUGCUGUAGUCUUAGAUGAACAUCAAGCUUUUUCCACUUAGUGAUAUUGCAAGUGGGGGGUUUAAAAAUCUUUUGCUCUAUUUAGGAAAGGAUCACAGGAUGAGGAAGGACCCUUGUACCAGUUAUUUGAAGUUAAAAACUACACUGUGUUCCAGGAAACUAUUUUAAAGCAGCCUCUGUGAACUCAGCUCUUAACAAAGCUUUUACUCUGUCCCACAGCAAGAGCAGUUUCUCGGUACCCACGUUAAUCCACAAUGUCUCGAGUUAAACCAAAGCCUCAGUGUGAGAAAAGCAGCCCUGGAAAGCGAAGUAUCAUGAAUUUUUCCUUCCCAAGUAAGGAACAACAGUGAUUGCACAGAGUGUUGUAGACAACAACAACACAGCCAAGAGUUUGCAUGGAUUUUCUUCCCAAUUUCUGCAGUGCAGAAGGUACAGGAUUUAUUAUUAAGUCAGAGCACCCCAAAGAUCUCUCAUUCAAUGUCAUUUUGCUCAAAAAUGGGCAUCACUGCAGCUUGUUCCUUGGAAGCAUUUUGAGUCGUUUCUCCUUCGUCGUGGAACGCAAACAAACAAAGACAACAGUGCCACAAGCACCCUCAUUUCGCACCUCGGCCCCUCCUCUUAUUUAACUGUGUGUGUUCGUUGGACAUUCGGUGACUGUUCUCGUGUUCGGAGUCUUGUGCAACCUCCCCCGUGUAAAAUACACGAAAUUAAUAAAUCUUUUCCUCUUUUUUUUAAAAAAAA